GCGAUCCGUACGUGUUCGUAGCGCGGUUCAAUACAAAGUUAAAAGUGUACUUACUCACAUAGUGUAACAGAAGUUCAGUGAAACUCGUAAAAAUAACUUGCAGUGACAUAUUUGUGGACAGUUUAAUUAUAUAUUAACAUAGAAUAAUAAUAAUAAGUACGGUUUCCGACGCACGUUAGCCGUUUUCGUGUGUACUGUUCAUGCCGGCGAAUUAAUUGAUGUUUGUUGAGGAAAUCUUUUGCCGUCUACCAACAAUAUUGUUCUGCUGGUAACUCAUUACAUUGGCUGUUCAAGUAAAAGACAAAAUAAAAAUGGUGUAGAAAAUCGAGAGAUAUGCGGUGGUUCAAGAAAGGCGAGCCGCCGCGGCUUCUGACUGUAACUCCAGAUGAGGAAACACGAUCGUCAAGAAGAUCUAGAAUAGAUGUACCUCCUGAUCACAACCGAAAAAGCAGCAGCAGUUCAAUGGAGACAAACUUCUAUAAUCUUAGCGAUCAAAUAGUAAUCGUAGAAAGAUCCCCUCAUCCAUGUCCUCGCAGAGAUCUCACGCCAGCGACUAGACGAAUAUCACUGCAGCAUCAUUCAGUACCACAUGAAAACUGCACUGAUAUCCGCCACGUUCGUGGAAGUUCCAUAGAAAAAGAUUACAUAGUGGGAAGGGAGAAACGAAAUCCACUACUCGAUAAGGUAAAAAAUACAAAAUUGUCUUGCUUCAAAUCAAACCAUCCCUUACGACAUGGCGACGAUGCUGCUUCAACAUCGGGAAGCGAUUGUAGUGGAUUCGGUCACGCGGAAGACUUAACCCUCGGUCAAUACGUAGAACAUUACCCAGAAGCUCCACUAGAAUUCGAAAACCAACAUUCCUGGUUAAAAAUGCAAAAUUACGAUGAUGAAGUUUUCUUCGCUAAAAGGCCUGAAUGUAAUUGGCAAGAGAGGUCGUUUACAAAUCGUGGGACCCGAUGUUACAGUUCUGGGUCAGAAUGUGACAAAUAUUAUGGGAUACCCAAAGUAGGAACUAAGCUGUCCAAGUCGAGUGAUCAAAUUUUCAACGACGACUACGACCCCUACGAAAUUCAGCCAAUUCGCAUUGAUAAAAAGACUGAUAAGUGUAAGCAAAAAGAUGAAAAAGAUACAAUCGGACCUAGCUCCUGUCUUUCCGCUAAACUUAGAGCAAUGUCAGAUAAAUACUUAAAAUCUUCUACCAACAAAUUAUUUUCCAAAUUGUAUAAACCGACUGGAGACGAACAUAUCGGAGAAGAUGGAGUUUUAAAACCUCAAGUAAGCAAGAGUAAAAAGAAAAGACACGGUGUCAAAGCCAAACUAAGAAGUUUUUCAUAUGGUGCUUUACCUGGAUUGGAUGAAUUUCAAAGGGGCCAAAAUGCUGUUUUCCACGAUGACGUGUACCAGGGGUCAUGUGAUGAUGAGAACGUGCUUUUACAAGACUGCGAAGAUGCAGAUUCGGGUAUUCUAGUCAAUGAAUCGGCGAGUUCUUCUAUAUUCGAUAGCGAUAGGAUUUCCUCUCGAUGCGAAAGCUCCGCAUCACAUUCCAAUGCUCAAGUUCCAUGUCACGGUAGAAGCGUAUCGGGCGACCACACUUACAUAAGGAGUCGGUUGCCAAGCAGAAGAAGUCGAGACAAGGGCGACAACUCUAGAGCUAAACCUCGAAAUUACCAAAGAGCGUUAUCGUUAGACCGCAAAGAAAUCCUCAGAAGAAUGCCUAAAAAUUGUGAUUACGGUGAAGCGCAGUAUCUCCAGCUAACAGAAAAACAGAAGUUGCGGCAAAGAGACGCUAGCAAAGGAGAUUGCGGGAUACCACCUAUCCCGCCGUGCCGGAAAUCAACCAAAGGCCAUAUGCAUAGAGUACAAACAGAUUUUAAGGUCGUUAGAAUAAUUAAAAAUAGCCCAUGUGAGGAGUUAGGUAUCUUUAUCGCUAAAACUAAGCUCACGGACGAAGGUCACGUUGGAUAUUUGGUGGCGCACGUCGUUCCUGGUGGAUUAGCCGACAAAGAAGGGACAUUACGUAUCGGCGACGAAUUGCUUAAUGUCAACGGACGGAGGCUACGUGACUUGACUAUGGCCGAAGCGAAAGAAGCUCUGAGAUCGGGCUCAUCGGAUAUCGAUAUCGUCAUUUGCAGACAACGGGAGAAAACAUCUCCCGAAGCGCGACAGAGGGAACCGCCUAAGACCACACCGCUGCUAAUGCGCGAGAGCUCCGUCGACUACGAGAAUGCACUGAUUUUGGGCAAAGAAAGGCGCAUCGAUAAGUAUGACCCGCGUCAACAGGACGAGCCCGCGUGUAAUCGCGGCCCACUAUCAGCGCCCGACGAAGCGGAAAGUGCGGACACGCACUCACGAUUCCAGAAAGGGCAUAACGCGAGCUAUAGCAGUAUGAACAACAAGCUCCUGCGGCGGCAAGUCGUCAGCUACGGCGGCGCGAAGGACGGCCUGGCGUUCAGUUGCGCGAGUGAUGUGGUCGACGUCGACGUUCCUGACUCAUCUGCGAACCGCGCCGCAGAUAAGAAUGAAAGUGAAACCGACAUUCAGACACCGAACGCGGCGAAUUUCUGCACGCUACCGCGAAAACCCCGCGCGCCGACUCACACGUAUCACACGAUCACUUUUGAGAAGGGCCACGGGAAGAAACCGUUGGGAUUCACCAUAGUGGGAGGUCGGGACUCGCCUCGCGGACCAUUGGGGAUAUUCAUCAAGAGUAUACUACCGCAAGGACAGGCGGUCGACGACGGCCGACUCAAAGCAGGUGAUGAGGUGCUGGCGGUGAACGGUCAGGCGUGUCACGAGCUGGCGCACGUAGAGGCUCUCGCGCUGUUCAAGUCCGUCCGCAACGGACCCAUCGAGCUCAGGGUUUGUCGGAGAGUGAAAAAUCAAUCUGCCAAAGCAAAAUCCUGCACGGACCUUCUGAACGACGACGAUUAAGAUAUACUCAAUGGGAAAUUCCAGAAAACAUCCCUACGUAAUAAUCUUUAAAAUAUUGUAAAACAAUAACUAAUAUGAAAAUAUUUAACAAGUGCUACGUUAAAUAUGCCGAUUCCGUAGAUAAUAAACACAAUUUACCGUCUUACUAUUAAAGAUAUUAAGCGUGUAAUCAUUCAAGAUCAGUUGUCGUUGUCUGCCAUAUGACUUUUCCAAUGUGCGAGAAAAGGACAAACUGAUCUUGCUUAAUAUACCUAUAAAGCUGCGUAUUUUUUUAUUAGUAAGGGGCAUAUAACACACUUACUUAAAAAAACUUAAAACACACUAAAUAUUUGACUUUUCUACACAUUACUCUACUAUUUUGUGUAAUUUUCUUUUUCGCACAAAUGAAGAAUGAAUCGGCAUAUUCCAAACAUCUUGUACACUGGACCUGGGUACUUAGACAUCUUACAUUCGGUACUUUCUACAAUAAAGUUGGUAAUCAAACAUGGGAUUCGACAUACGGCAUCGCAUGCGUUCUACCACCGAGCGACGUUUUAUUUUCAAACCCAUACUUUUGACUUCUUUAACUUGUCUAAGUACCCACAGUUUCUGUGCUUAAGCCCGGCCGCACAUUGUCCGAAAUUUCGGAUCAGAAACAGUUGAA